UUGGACAGCUGAAGCUCCCAAGCAAAAGCUCCCAGGCAAAGCUCCGCCUCCCUUCCAGUGCGUGGAAUCUUGCUCGAAUAUUUCAUCAAGCCAUCCCGUCCCGCACUUGCAGCCCUUUCAUCAUUUACACACCCAUCAUACACCUUUCAAACGUGACGUUGAGACAACAAUCAUGGCGUCAUACUUCGAUGCCCAGCCGCGCCCCAGUGCUGUCCCCAAGCACUUAAACGAAGCAAGCGAAGAAGCAUUUGGGAAGCAACCCCUCCUCAGUCCCCAGGUAAUAGGCAUUUUGGAAGAUCUUGAGGGCGAGUCGUCGUCCAGCGAAGAAGAACCAGAACCACAACCAAUCCGUGGCUCAUCAAGCAAAGGUUCAUCCGGGUUGCGCCACGCGCAAACGUAUCCCCUGCCGAAACAGACCUCUCGCAUGUCCAAACGGCCCGUCGUCAAGAACCCUCGUCUUGCGCGAUUUCACUCCUUGAGGAGCAUGCUGUUCUCCUCCCACAUUGAGGACAACUUGAACAAGCUUCAAGACGAGCAGGCCGAGGAGAGGUGGAAGCAGGAAUAUGAACAGCGCAAGGGCUUGACACAUACAAAGGACUCCUCGCCCAGUAGAUCGUCGAAGGCGGAUAACUACCCAACAAAGAGUGGUCAUCGUAGGGUGAAAAGCAAGGACACGCCAACCAUGAACGUAAUUGAGGAGAGCGACUGCGAAUCCACGGCCUCAGAUGACGAUUGGACCCCUAAUGUUGAACUUGGGAAGAAGCACGAUGAACCUCUCGUAUCUGAUGAUGAUGAAAGCAUCGAUCAUUCAGAUAUGGAGGACUUGGUCCGAUGGGUCAGUCGACGCGAUCCCCCAAGCGACGGCGAAGCAAGCAAAAAGAGACGGCAGAAGAAAGCGAAUCUGAAGGUCCAAGACGGGCAACUCGAAGCACACGACAGUGGUCACGAGAGCCUGGGCCAAUCAGAUGUUGAGGAUUUGGUUGACUGGGUCAGCCGAAAGCCUGAGGGCGAGGACGGGGAUGGUCGUCUCCCAGCCGAUUACAGUGAUGCGUCGACUGCAUCCGACUCAGAGGGUGCCGGCUACAGCGACGACGCACCUAGUCGCGACCAGAACAACAUCAAUGUCGAUGAAUUAGUGAGAUGGGUCAGUCGGAAGGAAGGUGCCAACGCAGGACCUGUUGGUCGCACGGUUCCCAUAGUAGAGGACGACCCUGCUUUCGACUCCGAUCAUUCUGAGCUUGGGCGAUGGGUCACGAGACAUGACGACACAAGUGGCGAGUCCGAUGUGGGCGAGAUUGCCGCAGCGAGAUAUGAAUCGCAUCAUUUGAAGUCCCGAUCACCAGACGAGGAGUCAGAGCAUGGCGAGGGCGCGUCGGCUUUGGUUGCUGAGUGGGGUGAUAUUCCCCCUUCUGGCGACGAAGGAGAGGACGAACCACUCCCUGAGGAGAAACCCGCCACAAGACCUCCACUCAAGGAAACUCUCACGCAUGAAGAUGUGGACGAUCUUGUCGAUUGGGUUGCGAAGAAGCAAGACGAACCAGCGCCUGAGAAGGAAACCACCUCACAGAGACCUCCACUCAAGGAGACACUUACACACGAGGAUGUCGACGAUCUCGUGAGAUGGGUAUCAAGGAAGGAAGAGAAAGCCGAAAAGGCACAAAGACCACCACUGAAGGAAACCCUCACUCACGACGAUGUGGAUGACCUCGUCAGAUGGGUCUCUCGGAAGAACUCCAAAGAUUAACUUCUGGACAAUCUUUGAAAUGUGAAACGUAAAAUUUGAAAACUGAAAGCGCCUCUCCGGGGAAAUUGCUUUUUUUAUGAGGAUGACGUACGCUGUGAUGAAGAGCACGAUCCUUGAUGCGCAAAUGUCGGAAUGGGCAGUAGAAAAUGCCAAGCACGAUACCAGGGUUCAGCGUCUCGUUGCGACCGAAUCGUUGUGUGCUUUGUUUUACUUCUCGUAGUAGCAAGUUUGUAUAUCCGUCGCCGUAGCGCGGAAUUGUUAUAGUACGAUGUCGAGUUUUUACGAUACUCCCCUUCUUUAUCAACUUGUCUUACGCUUUAAAAUAUCAAUUUUUUAUCAAAGCAUAUGAAGCAGC